UAACCAGGUGCAUUAACAGUGUAUUACAUGUUUCCUGCAGCUGAGGUGCCGAUGCCCCGGUUAUCUGCUUACGGAGCCUCAAAGGCGGCGCUGAGUGUCUUCUCUAAAGUGAUGAGGUUGGAGUUAUCCGAGUGGGGCGUCAACGUGGCUCUAAUCCAACCUGCAGGCUUCAGAACAAAUAUCUUCGGGACCAGCGAUGACGUCGCUCGCUACAGAGCUCAGAUCCUCUCGGCUGUUUCCUGCGAUGCCAGAGAGGAUUAUGGGGAUGCAUACAUCUCCUCCCUCCCCAGAGGUCUGUCCAGGAUGUCCCGCGAGUCCUCGGAGGACGUGUCUCCCGUGGUGGACGCCAUGUCUCACGCUCUGCUGUCGGUCCGUCCUAAACCUGUGUACGAGCCCGGGAGGAUGGGCCGGCUGCUGCCGCUGCUCCACCGCUGCGCUCCGACCGCCGUGUUCGAUGCCGUCAUCGCCGUCAUCACCAAACACGGCGACCGCAGACCGGCGGGACUCAGCAGGAGCCGAGGCUCAUGGGACAAAUACAGAGUUCAGACUGAUCUACCGUCAGAGACUUGAAGCUUCUUUUAUAUGGCACUGUCCCUUUAAGAGCUAUUUAAAGAAGUCACGUGACACGUGAACACAGAGCUGUGAGUUUAAUGAGCAGCGUCAGAGAGAUUCCUCUUUAAAACACAGAUGUUUAACAUCCAAUCAGCCUAAAACACAUCUGUCUCUGCACAUGUGGAAUAAAAUAAAAAACUAAAGAUAAUUCCGAGUCACAUCCAUAAAGACAAAGUGUUUCAGUCGUGAGGCUUCAGAAAGACUCUUGCUGGUUUCCACCACGUUGUGGUUCACGUCGUCGUCGUCUUCUUCUGUCACACCUCUCUGUCGCUUUGUAGAAAACUUCUUCUUCAUGCUUCUCACUAAACUCUCGUACCUGCAGAAGAAGAAGAACCAGAGAGUUCAGACGGAUAGUGUCUGAUUAUGAAGUCCAGUUUACAGCCAAUGAGCAGCAGAUAAACUGUUUACAGCGGAGGUCUUCAACGUGUUUCAGGCCAAGGACCCCCAAACUGAUAGAGAGAUGGAGCAGGGACCCCGACUA